AUGGCGGCGCUCGAGAAGGAGAAGCCCCUCGCCACGUCGUUCGGCCCGGAGUUCGUGUGCACCGACCAGGACGUCGCCGACCUCAAAGCUGGCCUGCCCCCGCCCGAGACCAAGUGGUGCCUCGUGGAGCUGCCCAAGGAGGAGUUGGCGGCGCUGGAGGCUGGCUCGAGGUUCUACUUCCACGAGUUCAGCGGCGCUACGAGAGGGAACGACGGCGGCCAGGCCGCCCUGUGCACGGAGUCCGGGACCUACUCGCUGGAGUUUCUGGAGAACUCCAACUCUCUCAUGAUAGGUGCGCUCUCGACGACCUCCGACGCAGGCCCGGCGCCUGGUGGCGGAGCCGAAGUUCGGCCGCAGGGGGGUGGCGGAGACGGGCCCGAGGCUGGUGCGCCUGCGCCUGCGCCGCAGCCUCCGCAGACCAUCUUCGGGACCUGCCAGGUGUUCGCGCAGUGCAGGGGGCAGCUAACGAUGAAGGGCGUCAGCCCCGACAUGGGCAAGCUCCGUGAGCUUCUGUCGAAGCACAGGCUCGGAGAGCCGGCCGACUCCCUCGACGGCGCUCCCGCCGCCCAGGGCGAGACGAUCGACUCGUUGGAGUUCCAGGUGGCCGCGGCGCCAUCCCAGCUGAAGAAGGCGCUGCAGGACGGGCCUUACGCAGAGCACAACGGGCGCUGGUUCCUGCUGCCGCCCGCGCUCGAGCGCGAGAUCGUAGAUGCUGCAGUCGAGCUCGUGGCGGCGUCGGGCUGGAGCCUCGAGGCGGUCGACGGCGAGUCGCUCCUCAAAGAGGUGCAGCAGCACCUGAAGGUCAAGACGACGGUCCCCUCGGUCGGGGUUCUCAGGAAGGCGCUGAAGAGCGUGCUGAGUGAGGAGCCCGCGGCGCCCGCAGAGGCGAAAGUGGACGGCGCCUCCGACUCUGCGCCUCGCCCGGACGCGCCGAACGCCACCCCGAACGCCGAGGACGCUGGAGCGGGCGGCUGCAGGCCGCUGCGGUUCGAUAAGCAGAAGGUCGACAUUUCGAAGGCGCUCCGGCUGCUGAGGGAGCCCCCGGCGCGGGUGCGGGAGCGCUUCCAGCUGCCGCUGCCCAGUCGCGCGAAGCGGGCGCGCGUGGCUGGCGCACCGAGGGGCGCCGGAGGCGGCCACCAGGCCGACGCCCUGAAGGUGACGGAGUUCGCCAAGGCCUUCCAGGAGCUGACCGGCUCGGACGCUGACGCGGAUGCCGUGCUGAAGCUUCUCGGCAACGCCGCGUACGUCGACGAGAUCGAGGGCACCCUCAGUGCCAUGGACGCCGAUUCGCUGUCGCGCGACCCGUUCGAGAGGCUGAAGCAGCUCUUCGCCAUCCAGACGCACUGGCGGCCCGACCGCCUCGCGGCCCUGGUCGCCCCGGCGCUGCCCGCCGGGGUGAAGGUAGACGCAUGGUUGCUCAAGUGGACGAGGGCCGUCUACCUGGAUCUCGGUGAGCCGCCGACGGAGCAGCGGAUGCUGACGAAAAAGUUCGGGGGCCUGUAG